ACAGCCCCACUGGCAACAUGACCAACACCCUGUGGGUGGGCCCCGCCCAGCUGGACCGCGCCAACGGCCUCAACGUGUCCUCGCAGCUGCAGACCCAAGGCAGGAAGGAGAGCUGCCUCUUCGGCGUCGUCGUCUUCCGGCUGCAUCAGCUGCACCGCGACCUGGAGAGGUACUUCCAGCUGAUGAAGAGGCAGCCGUCGGACGAGAGGCAGCAGGGGGAGAAGGUGGGCGACGCCCAGUGGGUGGCGAGGCGCGACAGGCUCCGGCAGAAAUGGCAACGAGGACUGCAGGUCCGCACACUAGUGCGUGUGAUCAGGCUUUCGGUGUGUCAUGAACAAUCGUGAGAGGAUCCGUGGCUUCGGACGCAACACGGUCGUGCGUUUCGGCGGCACCUUCUACACCGACACCCCCAUCGCCAACAUGACCAACAGGCUGUGGGGGGGGCUCGCCCAGCUGGACCGCGCCAACAGGGCGAGGGGAGCAGCACCGCGGUGCUCCACUACUUCAUCAACACUCAGGGUGCAUGACUGGUGCGUUUUGCUUUCGCCUGUCCUAACCAUUUUUUCAAUGCCAGCCGCAUGUCUGUCCCUUUGAUUUCGUUCUUACGCCCUUUGGGUGUGUGCCAAGAGCAGGUUCUUGUCGAGUGUCGGUGCAUCUGCGGGGCUGGAGGAGCAGGCGACGGGGUGACGGUGUACGUGAUCGUCGCCGACUCCAGCAGCCAGGCAGCGGGUGACCUGUACGAAGUCGACCUGCAGCUCACGGACGACGGCGCCACCGUUGCCAACAAUGUGACCAAGGUGAGCUGAGCAAGACACCCACACGUAUACAAAUGCCCACCUGUGUGUGUGUGUGUAUGUAGAUUCUGGAGGGAGUUGAGGUGUGUGAGGUAGCAGUAGGAGUUGAGAAGGGCGUGGCGCGCACCCAGAGCGGCGACGUCUACCAAUUGGGUAGGGAGAAAUCCAUCCAUUCAUCCAUCCAUCCAUUCAUCCAUCCAUCCAUCCAUAUGCUGGAUGUGUUGCGUGUGCUCUUCCUGGGCUCAGCGGUGUGCAAGCGCGGUGUGUGUGGCCCGGCCGGUGAGUUCAACCAACUGGUCACACGGAGAUCAAAUCGGAUCGAUGUCAGCACUAUGUAUGUGUUGUGUCGCGUUGUGUGUGGGCGUGGCGUGCAGUUCGGGUGGCGGCACUGCCGACCAGCAUUCUGCAGGUACCUACUUACCUACCUCCAGCUACGGAUGACGCGUACACGAUUGAACUGUGUGGUGUGGUGUGGCCGAGCCGACAGGUGGCGUGCGGGGCGACGCACUGGCUCGCCCUCUCCGAAACACACAACGUCUGGGGGUGCGGACGCUACUAUGUGAGUGAGAUGACCGACCGAGCAUAGACACACAGACGCCCACACCCACACCGAUGGAUGUGUGUGUGCGUGUGCGUGUGUGUAUGUGUGUGUGGGUAUCGAUCAGUCUGGCGAGUUCGGUCCGCUGGGCUUCCCCCGCCAUCGCGUCGGGCUGCACGUCCCGUUGCGUGUGAGCGCGGAGAAGAUACAGAACUACAUACAGCACCAGAUCAAAGCCGGAUGCGAGAAAGUGUAGAAGCUCGAGGACGAGUAUCA